AUGAGCGGAAGAGGCAAAGGAGGAAAGGGUCUUGGAAAAGGAGGCGCCAAGCGUCACCGUAAAGUUCUUCGUGAUAACAUCCAGGGUAUCACCAAACCCGCCAUCCGCCGUCUGGCUCGCCGUGGCGGAGUGAAGCGUAUCUCCGGUCUGAUCUAUGAGGAGACCCGCGGUGUGCUAAAGGUGUUCCUGGAGAACGUGAUCCGUGAUGCGGUCACCUACACCGAGCACGCCAAGAGGAAGACCGUCACCGCCAUGGAUGUAGUGUACGCUCUGAAGAGACAGGGACGCACCCUGUACGGUUUCGGAGGUUAAGAUAACGGAUCCAUAUUUAGACCCUAAAGGCCCUUUUAAGGGCCACCCACAAGACCUGAGAGCUUACGUUCCUAUUAUUUGUGUACCACCAUAAUCGGUUACCGAUAUGCUAACACAGACGCGCCUUAUUACAUCACUUGUCUCAGUUAAUUUCAUAGACUGUGCAUACUAGUUCCACUACAUGACCUGUGUGUACAUACACUGCACAUACAUACAUAUACAUACAUACAUACAUACUUUAUACUUAAUUCUACUAUAUACUAUACUCCUAUAUACACUCAUGGUUUGUUGAAGUACACUUGUAUCUGCAGUAUGCUUGCCUCGGCUACCUUUUGCCGAUAGAUUAGAGAAAUAACACUGAACAAGAAAGGGAGGAGAGACGCCGGAGCAAUGUAAUCCCUAAAGUUGCAGGCCUGUCGGAAAAACUCAUGAGAAUCUUUGGCAAACACCAUAUUCCUGCUCAUUUCAAGCCUGGUAACACACUAAGGCAGAAGUCAGUCCAUCCCAAGGACAAAACACCCCGAGACAUAAACAGAGUAAUGUGGUGUAUGCUGUCCAGUGCAGCGAGGAAUGCUUGGACCUGUACAUUGGGGAAACUAAACAACUGCUUCAUGGGCGCAUGGCUCAACACUUCCUCAGGUCCAGACUUAGCUGUCCACCUUCACUUAAAGGACACAGGUCACUCUUUCGAGGACAGCAAUGUACAGGUGUUGGCUAGAGAAGACAGAUGGUUUAAAAGAGGAGUUAAAGAAGCCACCUUUACCAGGCUGGAGAAACCUUCUCUGAACAGAGGGGUGGACUCAGGCACAACCUCUCCGGCACUUACAAUGCAGUUCUCAGCUCUCUCCCCAGGAAGCUCCACAAACAUUCACACCUUGGACCACAUGACUCAGGUGGAAUGAGUUAUGCGGUCACAUGACAGGGGUCGUUUAUGACCCUUUCAGGAUAACGACCCUCAGAGGGGAACACCGGGAGAUGGGUGUCUCCGACCCAUUCUUUCCAACUCCUCCCAGUCGUUGUCUGUCCCCUUCUCCAGUAAGAUAAAUAUCUGCUCCUCACACUAGCAAUAAUUAGAACUGAAGAAGCUUAUUUGAUAAAAGGUGAAACAUCUUCUCAACUCUACACGGUCCAGUUGCCUGAUUCUGGAGUCUUCAGGAAAACCAUGACCUGGAUGAAUGAGAAUCUACAUGGACAUAUCUGAAUUGUGAUAGUGAUAGUGAUCCAUAACAAUAAAAGAGGCUCAACAAUCCAGCAAAUCCUAUUUGGCAAAUGCCUGGAACCACCCCAUGAAAAAUUGUACUCUGCUUUAUAGUGUUUACUUUUAGGUACCCCGUACUCACUCUAAAUAUUCUCUUGUAGACCUUUAUUCUGACCUCAUUUAGGAAAAAUAGGGUCUUAUCUGUCAUUAGUUUGUUUCCUUAAUUUGUCCCUCUGAUGCUGGUUCCUGCAGCUGUACAGGUUCAUGCAAUGUUGGUACUGAAUAUAUACAUAAGCAUGUUAUGAAUAUAUUAUAUUGUAUUGUGGUGAAAUAUUAGUCAGUUCUACCGUUGAAUAUAUUUCAAUAAUAAAAUAUUUUCAAAAGGUUCACUAUUUACAUUUAAUCACAGCGUCUGCUGCCAUCUGCUGGCCUUCUUCUGGCCGUCUUCACAUGGUGCCUCAGGCUAGACCUGAGGAUCUGCAGGAAUUUGAAGUGAUAUCAUCUCAGAAACUCCAAAUGUGUUCUGUCAGAUGAUAAAAGUGACUAUAAGCCUUUUUGAUAUUUACUUCAUUUCUUUUAAUACUUACUUGUAUUGUAUAUUUUCAUGUAGUACAGCACAGUCCUUCCUAUAAGACAAGACAACAGUUGUAAAGAACUGAACAAGUAACUUUAUCGACCUUUUCAGAAGAAGUUCUCUCUGAGAUACAGAACCAGAAGCAUGUCAAGAUCUGUCCCCACUCAGAGUCUCCACACCCCUGUUUCUUACUAUUCAGCCACCUAACUAUUUUCAUCCCUCUCUUCCUCAACCCAAAUUUAUACCUCCAUACCUCAACCCUUUUAUUCAACUCUACCCUGACCUUCAGUACAGUCAAGAUAAACUAUUUUCAUACACAAAAAUCAAUUCCUUAGUUAGGUCCCAAUUUUGUCUCUAUUACCCUUAGAAACAUGGAAAAGAAGAAGCAUUUGUCAGCAUAAAAUCAAUAAAAUAUCAAAAUGUAAUUUAAAAUCAUUAAAACAGUUCAAACUGAUGGAACAGCAGGGUAGAAGUUUAAGGAAUUGACGCUAUAGGAAAGCUGUAGUACACAGUAAUGUUUUCAGUCCUGAUUUAAAUGAGCUGACAGUUUGUCCACACCUGAGGUUUGAUUUGAUUUGAUUUAUUUGGGAUCCCCAUUAGCCUAAAUCAAAGCCAAUAUCUCAUAUAUAUUAAACACCCCAAUAAUAAUAAUAAUAAUAAUAAUAAUAAUAAUAAUAAUAAUAAUAAUAAUAAUAAUAAUAAUAAUAAUAAUAAUAAACACAAGCAAAUAAACAAACAUAAUACAUACAAAUACACAAUACAACAAUACAAUACACAUAUAUAUGUACAUAUAGCUAUAUACAUACACACACACACAUUACUUGCCAACUGAAUAUUACAUUUUAAAUUUCUGUUGAGAAAAGGUGUUUCUUGACUAAGUUCUUAAAAAGUUAUUUCACUAUCUUCUUGUGUAAUGUUGUCUGGUAAUUUGUUCUAUACUUGCAUGGCUCUGUACACGACCAUCUGCUUUAUUAUGCUUGUUUUUGUUUGGAUGUGACCCUGGGGACAAUGAGUAGACAUGACCUCAGGGGUCCUGGACAAAUGCAGACCAGUAACGAGAUGUUACGACAUUGAGUGUGUACAUUUCUUAAUUUCAAGGAUUAUUAUUAUUAUUAUUAUUAUUAUUAUUAUUAUUAUUAUUAUUAUUAUUAUUAUUAUUAUUAAUAAUAAUAAUAAUAAAGUAUUUUAUUGACGGAAAGUUUAAGAAGUGGAUCCAAUUAUUAAUUUAAACUCAGAAAAAAAGACGUAAUAAAAAAAAUGUUUUCCUUUCUCUUUUCUUUUUUUUUUUUUUUGUAAUGAUGGACAUUAACUGAUCAAAUGACUCCAUUUGAAUUGAUGGAGACCAUAAUUUAGCAACUUUGGUGCAAAUCAAUAAACACCUUUAAGGUAAUAAAGGUAGUAACUAGUAUUAAAUCACACAGCUCAGGUCCAUUUUUGAUCCUGGAUAGAAUACCGUUAUAUUUUAAGAUUGUAUGAAUUCAAGUACAAAUCACACUUUUCUUGGAAGAAAACUAGGACGGUUUUAAAUAAUUAUAUUUUGUUAAAACUGUGAUCAAAUUAUAGAUUCAACAAUUCUUACCUAGAUCAGUUUGAGUAAAGAUCAGUUUCUAGUCAAAUGUAUGGAGAGUAUGUACAGAACAGAAUAGAGGGCAAUACUGAUGUGUGGUGUUAGUCAGAUAUACUGAUCAGAUGAUUGUUUAACAUACAGUAGCAAAGAAAAUGAAAAACAUGAAUAACUCAAAAUUAUAUCAUGUUUUCAGUUCUGGUACGAUUAGAGACUUGGCAAAUUUUCAGAUACCCGAUGGGAACAACCGAGUUAUGCUUUCAUCUUGUUAAAAUUAUAUACUUUUGGAUAGCAGGGGGAAAAAAACAUAAAUGUAUAUUUGGUAUAAAUCAUAAAAACGUUUUAUUUGUUAUAAAUUCGUCUGUGGUAAAGCAUCGCAUUCUUUGUCAUCGUGCAGGCAGAGAGAGAAUCCAACUGAGCAUGUGCGAAACAGUAUUGUUACCACAGCUUGUUUUUUGUUGGAAAAUAACCCUUAUGUGAAAAACAUUAUCCCAGAUCUCCUGUACUGUUUUACUAAACCGUAUCAUUAGUGAACAUAGAUAUGAAUAUAAGUAAAAUACACAGAGACACGGAGCAGCUCUGAUGGUCAAUCUGUCUUCCCUACAAAACAGGCAUCAGCCCUCCUUGGUGUGUUUGCUGUGAUCGAUAUAAACAGGUUUUAUUAGAAAUCCUUCUUUAACAGAUGGGUGUUUUUCGUCUGAGUCUCUAAACAAACAUGUUGACAAACGGGAAAACACAUUUUCACAGUACUCUUAUGCAUUUGCUAACGUUUUAAGAGAAAUAUAAGAGUGAAAAGUCGCUGAGCAGCGCUGCUCUCGGCGCUCAAUCUGUGAGGUUUGGAGGCUCCACGGAGAAAAAAGAGCGAGCAGCAGAGCUCAACACGACUUCAACCCGGGGAGACACAAGUCCGCUAUCUGCUCCUGAACCCGCAGCUCUGAACACAACCUCUACAUUGAGUUUGGAGAGUUUAAUCGCGGCACAGAAAACACAAGUGGUCGGACAUUCAGGCGGCCCGGCGGAGACGCUGCUCGGCUUGAGUCUUUACGGUUCUCAUGGUGUGUUUAAGAGCAGCUCCGUGCCUCACAGCGGUCAGACAGUUGAAUCACUCUGUGCACGACUCGAAAGGGAAACUAUGGCAGAAGUAGCUCCAGCACCCGCCGCCGCCGCCCCGGCUAAAGUGGCCAAGAAAAAGGCUCCCAAGGCUAAGAAGACUGGACCCAGCGUCAGCGAGCUUAUCGUCCAGACCGUGUCCGCCUCCAAGGAGCGCAGCGGAGUCUCUCUGGCCGGCCUCAAGAAGGCUCUUGGCGCCAGUGGAUAUGAUGUGGAGAAGAACAAGGCCCGCAUUAAGGUCGCCGUUAAGAGUCUGGUGGCAAAGGGGACCCUGGUCCAGACCAAGGGAACCGGGGCGUCCGGAUCCUUCAAGAUGAGCAAGAAGGUUGCCGAGAAGAAGGUCAAGAAGGUGGUGAAGAAAGCCCCCAAGGCUAAGAAACCAGCAGCAAAGAAGACCGCAGCUAAGAAACCCGCAGCGGCCAAGAAACCCAAGGCAGCCAAGAAGGCGGCAACCCCCAAGAAGUCCCCGAAGAAGGCAGCCAAGAAAGCCGCAGCGCCCAAGAAAGCCGCCGCCAAGAGCCCCAAGAAGGCCGCAAAGAGCCCUAAGAAGGUGGCGGCUAAGAAGGCACCAGCAGCCAAGAAAGCCCCCGCCAAGAAGGUCGCCAAACCCAAAGCCAAGAAGGCAGCACCCAAGAAGAAGUAA